UCCUUUAACUGAAAAAUCUCCAACAGCUUUGCCAGUAGUUAGGCCUGGUGCUAGGUUGGGCAGCUGGAGCUUGGCUAUUCUGCAGCUGAGUGAGAAAGCAGCAGGAGUGGGGCUUCUCGGAGCAGAGCUCUGGCAGCAGUGGGUGAGAGAGCAGAACCAAACGGUGCCACCUGGUACCACGGUGGUACCAGGCUGCAAUCUUAACCAGUAGCCAGGGCUUUGUCAUUCAGGUUUGUCUUUUCAUGUGAGGGCUCGCAGGAACUGAUUUUUAGGAAGCACAAUGCAGUGCAAGCAAUUGAGAAGGAGCAGGCUAUCCCUGCUUGCCUUGUCAGGCCCUUUACAGAUGAUUAAAACAGAACAAUUGCGAGUCUGCUCCAGGAAGACCCCUCAGCACCAAUAAAGCAUCUUUCCAGCCAGUUCCUGCACUGCAGCGCACAGUGAGGUAACAGAACAUCCGCAGUGCUUUCAGUGCCUUUGGGUAGGUCGGCUGCUUGUUAAUGCUCCCCUGCUCAGCUGGGGCUUUGUGUGCCGUGCGCUUAUUCCCUGUGGUCGUUCCAGGGUCUGUGUGUUAACAUCUGCACACAUUUUGAAGGCGCCGUUCCUGUGAUGUGUAAAACCUUCGCUCUGCAGAGAAGUGACUGAAUUUGUGCAUCAGACAGUCUGAAGUUCCACGGCCAGCCGGGCUGCAGGACGGGCACGAGUAGGGCAGGAACAGCGGUGGGGAUGUGGCAGCUUCGCUGGGCCCUGGUUUCAAAGAGGCAAAUUCCACCUUCCUUCCUGAGGAAAACUCACCAGGAGGGCAGCAGGAGUUUGCUAAGAGCAAAUAACGCACAGGAAUAUGCAUUUAUGUGCGUGCAGGCAAAGGUCUGCAGCGUUUAAUCGCGUGCUCACACAUUCCCAUAGCCAAUAACAUCCGUUGUUAUGGGAAAUGAGGUAAGUGACAGAAGUGCUGUCCUUAUGGCGGGCGACAGGCGGGCCGCCGUUCCCAUGCCGUAAUUCCCGCAUCGGUUAGGCGCUGCCGCAGCGGCUUCGGAGAGAGCGGGAACAAAGGGCGGCAGCUGCGCCGACGGACAGAGCGAUGGCUUCAGUGUACGCGGUCGCGGAGCGCUCGCUGCGCGGGGAGCCGCGGUGCCGGCAGCAGCUCCGCCACCUGCAGGACGGCGCCAGGAUCGAGGCGCGGCUCCCGCCCCGCCUGGAGGGCCAUUGGGUCUCCACCGGGUGUGAGGUGCGGCCGGGGCCGGAGUUCCUCACCCGCUCCUACCUUUUCUACGCCAAUCGCCUCUUCAAGGCCUUCCAGUUCUACUACUGGGACCCGUCCUGCCGCGAGCCCUCCUACUCGCUGGUCAUCAAGGGCAAGCUGAGGCUACGCCAAGCCUCCUGGAUCACCCGCGGGGCCACCGAGGCCGACUACCACCUGCACAAGGUGGGCAUCGUUUUCCACAGCCAGAAGGCCAUGCGGGAGGCGGCCUCCCGCAUCAACCAAAGCUCGGGUGAGGGCUGCGGCGGUUUCCUGCCCCCAGGCCGUGCCUGGGCCCCCGGAGCCCUCUACGAACUGCUGAGUGCCAAAACCGAGCGUGACUGCACCGCGGCCCUGGGCUUCGCCAUGCACGAGCUGAGCCUGGUGCGGGUGGAGACGCACCGCCAACCCCUGCCGGGGCCGCAGCAGAGCGGCAGCAGCCUGGUGGAGGAGCUGUACCUGGGAGACAUCCAUACUGACUGGCUGGAGCGGCUGCACUACCGCCCGACGGGCUACCAGCGUCCGCUGCAGAGUGCCGUGCACCACACGCAUCCCUGCCCGGCCUGCGGGGCUAUCUACAGAGCUGACGAGCACCACCCGCCCAUCCUGCCUGCCCAGAGCGAGCUGCCGGUGCAGCUGAGCGGCAGCUGGGUGAGCACCCGCUGCGAGGUGCGCCCUGCCGUGCUCUUCCUCACUCGGUACUUCAUCUUCCACGGCAGCAACCACACCUGGCAGGGCUACUACUACCACUACUCCGACCCGCUCUGCAAGCAGCCCACUUUCACCAUUUACGCAUCUGGGCGUUACACCCAGGGCGUCCCCUCCUCCAAGGUGAAAGGGGGCACGGAGCUGGCUUUCAAAGUCACACAAGCACGGGUGACACCCAUGGAUCAGGUGACGGUGAUGAUGCUGAACUCCUCCGAACCGGGGAGCUGUGGGCUCGCAAGCUCCUGGAGCGCCGGCGUGGAGCAGGAUAUAACGCCAACCAACGGCUGCUUGGCUUUGGGCAUCAGGCUGCCCCACACGGAGUAUGAGCUCUUCAGAACAGAGCACGACCCCAAGGGGCGCAGCCUGCUGUACACCGGUGAGAGGCCCACGGAUGGAUCCAGCCCUGACCGCCCCGACAAACGGCCCACGUCCUACCAGGCGCCCCUGGUUCAGUGCGCGGGUGCAUCAGAGGAGUUCCCUAACUACUAUAGUCUGAAAUAUGUGGGGAAAGAGGGUGCAAACGGCAGUGAAGAACUAAAACCUUUGCCUGUGGCCCUCUUACUGUUGAUAGCACUGCAGGUGUUAAGAUGGGACUAGCUCUCUAUUCAGGUACAGCACAGAACCCAGAUAGUCUUGGUGCUAGUAUGAUUUUUGUAACUUCCAACUGAGCACAUCUGGAACCAGUUUUACUUAGACUUGGAAACACUUUAAACGAAAAAAAAGAAGGCAAAAAACAAAGAACAGUGAAUGAAGCCAAGAAGAUGUGCCUGACCACGUACUGCCUGAUGGCUUUGUUGCCUCAUCUCCCCUCGUCUUUGCAUACCAAUGUAAUGUAGUGACAUGGAUGCACUGCACAUUGCAAUAAGUACUUCAGCAAUAUGAGGGGAAAAAGAGCAACAUCAAUUGCAACUGACGCUUUUGGCACUGCUAAGAUUUAAUCAAGGGCUUAGUUCAGGUGUAAUUCAAACAUCCAGUGUCAGCUGCUGAGUUUUUUUGAGGUUAAGCUCCCUCCGCCAUAGUCCUUAUUGCUGUUUGUGCAAAUUUGAUCUGCAGUGUCCGUCAGCACCAGAUACAGUGUCAGCAAGUGCUCUCACUAAGGACACAGCUAACGAUGCCUCUCAGUUUACAGAUGUUUUCUGCAGUUUUCACAUGUACAUACAUGUGGAGAUGCAGAGCAGCAAUCCCAGAGCAUCACCUGACAGACUUCUAUGCCUGACUCUGGUCAUAAGAAAAGCUACAGUAAAUAGAAAAAGCUCCUGUGCAUAGCAGUGCCAACUCCCAGCAUUCUGUAGCUGCAGACACUGCAUCCUUGCUGCACUAUUUUGGCACUGCCAAUUGCAGCUCCCACUCACAGGCAGUGAGCAAAGCAGAUCACUCAGGUCUUCUCAGGCCGUAUAUUUUCACUGUCUCCUCUUCUGAGUGCAUUGGCUGUUAAUCCAGCUGUCGUAUUAGUUGGACUGUCACUGCCAUCCCGUUCACUUGAAGAUGGUUUAUAAAUCUGCCUGCAGUGAACAAUGCGCUGAGGAGACAACUCUGAGCAGCACUGUCAGACUGUCCAGAGCUCCGCUGGCAAGGAGGAGAAAGUAAGAAAUUACAUUCCCUUUGCUGCAGCCAAGAAGCAUAUAACUUACCUGGGGAAGACGUCUUUCCAGUAGCUAAAACCCCUCCAAAUAAGCCUAUAUAUCUUACAAAGGAUAUUUUUGUUAAACCAUCUAUGCAAUAGCUACCUUCUUAAUGCUGUUUUUACAAACUUGCAGCUUGUACUUAAAUAAUUUAUGGGUUUUAUAGCAUCAAAGUACUUUUUUGGGGGAACUUACAUUAAUAAUUCAGAUGAGAUGCUUAUUAAAUGCAUACAGUUGUGACAUA